AUGGCUGUCAGCAUGGACAAGCAGAGUGCGACUUCCUCUCCCCCUUCUACUCUCCCCGUCGAAGAGUCCGACGGGGAGAAGGGUGUCGCCCCGGUGCAGGAGACGCCCUCUCCUCCUCCUCCCCCUAAUGGAGGCAUGGUCGCCUGGCUGCAGGUUGUUGGAGCCUUCUUUCUCUUCUUCAAUUCCUGGGGCGUGGUCAACACCUUUGGCGUGUACCAGACCUACUAUGAGACCACCCUACUGGCUGGUCAUUCUCCCUCGUCCAUCUCAUGGAUUGGAACGGUUCAGGGCUUCCUUCUCUUUGUCGUGGGUGUCAUUGCCGGCCCCAUUUUCGAUAAAGGAUACCUGAAGACGCUGGUUGCUCUGGGCUCGUUCCUGGUCGUCUUCGGGCUGAUGAUGACCUCGUUGUCCAGCCAGUACUACCAAGUGUUCUUGGCUCAUGGGGUCACCGUGGGAAUCGGCUGUGCCUUUCUCUUCCUGCCCAGCAUUGCCAUCGUCGCAACGUAUUUCACCACGAGGCGCGCUGUCGCCACGGGAAUCACCGCGUCGGGAGGCAGUAUCGGAUCCGUCAUCUAUCCCAUCAUCUUCCGCAAGCUCAUCGACCCCCUCGGCUUCGGCUGGACCACCCGCGUCAUCGCCUUCAUCGCCCUCGGCGGCCUGUGCCUGUCGCUCGCCGUGAUGCGCAUGCGCCUCCCUCCCCCCAAGCAAACGCGCUCCCUGCUCGACCUCUCCGCCUUCAAGGAAGCGCCCUUCCUGAUCUUCAGCUUCGGCCUCUUCUUCGCCUUCGUCGGCCUGUACUUCCCCUUCUUCUACCUCCCCACCUACAUGUCCACCGCCGUGCACUCCGACGACGAUAUCGCCUUCUACAUCAUCGCCAUCCUCAACGCCGCCUCCGUCUUCGGCCGUAUCACCCCGGGCUUCGUCGCCGACCGCAUCGGCUCCCUCAACACCAUCAUCCCCAUGGGCCUGGCCGCCGCGAUCCUCGCCUUCGCCUGGCUCGGCAUCAAGAACAUCGCGGGCACGAUCGUCUUCGCGUGCCUGUACGGGUUCGCCUCCGGCGCGAUCGUCUCGCUGCCGCCGACCAUCGUCGCCAAACUCAGCCCCAACAUGAGCGUGGUGGGCACGCGCAUGGGGAUGUGCUUCACCUUUGCGGGUGUGGGCCUCUUGAUCGGCAACCCCAUCGCCGGCACGCUCCUGGACCUGGAGCAUGCCGUCUUCUGGAAAGCGGAGCUGUUCUGUGCGGUUCUGGUGACGACGGGCGUGGCGUGCUUUAUCUGGCUGCGCCUGCUGAAGUGGACGGAUGGCGAGAAGGGCAAGUAUUAA